CCCUUGUUUCCGCUGCGUCCAGACUUCCUCCGGCGGUGGCUGGAGGCUAUGCAUCUGGAGCUUUAAACAUAAAAAGGCUUUGCCAGGACGGGGCGAGAGCAGGCGCGGCGGAGCGGGCUGGGAGCCGGGCCAUGCUCUGCUGAGCCGGGCAAAGCCGAGGAGACCGAGUCGAAUAGCCCCUCGGAGCGCAGCGCCGCGCCGGGGAGCAGGCGCCAGCCAGGCGGCGACGCGGCCACACGCACCGACCCAGCCACCCCCGGGCGACGCGCGGGGCCCGGGAGCGCAAUGACCGAGGCGCGAGUGUCCCGGGGCGCGCUGGCCGCCCCUCUGCGGGCGCUCUGCGUCCUGGGCUGCCUGUUGGGCCGCGCCGCCGCCGCGCCAUCGCCCAUCAUCAAAUUUCCUGGCGAUGUCGCCCCCAAAACGGACAAAGAGUUGGCUGUGCAAUACCUAAACACCUUCUACGGCUGCCCCAAGGAGAGCUGUAACUUGUUUGUGCUGAAGGACACCCUGAAGAAGAUGCAGAAGUUCUUCGGGUUACCCCAGACAGGUGAACUGGACCAGAGCACCAUUGAGACCAUGCGGAAGCCACGCUGUGGCAACCCCGACGUGGCCAACUACAACUUCUUCCCCCGAAAGCCCAAGUGGGACAAGAACCAGAUCACAUACAGGAUCAUUGGCUACACACCAGAUCUGGACCCCCAGACAGUGGAUGAUGCCUUCGCUCGUGCCUUCCAAGUCUGGAGUGAUGUGACCCCGCUACGGUUUUCUCGGAUCCAUGAUGGAGAGGCUGACAUCAUGAUCAACUUCGGCCGCUGGGAACAUGGAGAUGGGUACCCUUUUGAUGGCAAAGACGGGCUCCUGGCUCAUGCCUUCGCCCCGGGCCCUGGAGUUGGGGGAGAUUCCCACUUCGAUGACGAUGAGCUGUGGACCCUGGGAGAAGGACAAGUGGUCCGUGUGAAGUACGGGAAUGCUGACGGGGAAUAUUGCAAGUUCCCCUUCCUGUUCAAUGGCAAGGAGUACACCAGCUGCACAGACACAGGCCGCAGCGAUGGUUUCCUCUGGUGUUCCACCACGUACAACUUUGACAAGGACGGCAAGUAUGGCUUCUGCCCCCAUGAAGCCCUGUUCACCAUGGGCGGCAACGCCGACGGACAGCCCUGCAAGUUCCCGUUCCGCUUCCAGGGCACAUCUUACGACAGCUGCACCACGGAGGGCCGUACGGACGGCUACCGCUGGUGUGGCACCACCGAGGACUACGACCGCGACAAGAAGUACGGCUUCUGCCCGGAGACUGCCAUGUCCACUGUGGGCGGGAACUCGGAAGGUGCCCCAUGUGUCUUCCCCUUCACCUUCCUGGGCAACAAGCAUGAGAGCUGCACCAGCGCUGGCCGCAGUGAUGGGAAGUUGUGGUGUGCGACCACCUCCAACUACGAUGAUGACCGCAAGUGGGGCUUCUGCCCCGACCAAGGGUACAGCCUGUUCCUGGUGGCAGCCCAUGAGUUUGGCCAUGCAAUGGGGCUGGAGCACUCACAGGACCCUGGAGCCCUGAUGGCGCCCAUUUAUACCUAUACUAAGAACUUCCGCCUGUCCCAUGAUGACAUCCAGGGCAUCCAAGAACUCUAUGGGACCUCCCCUGACAUUGAUACUGGCACCGGCCCCACCCCAACCCUCGGCCCCAUCACUCCUGAGCUCUGCAAACAGGACAUCGUCUUCGAUGGCAUCUCUCAGAUCCGUGGGGAGAUCUUCUUCUUCAAGGACCGGUUCAUCUGGCGAACAGUGACACCACGUGACAAGCCCACAGGGCCCCUGCUAGUAGCCACAUUCUGGCCUGAGCUACCGGAAAAGAUCGAUGCUGUGUACGAAGACCCACAGGAGGAGAAGGCUGUGUUCUUUGCAGGGAACGAAUACUGGGUCUAUUCAGCCAGUACCCUGGAGCGAGGGUACCCCAAGCCGCUGACCAGCCUGGGGCUCCCCCCUGAUGUCCAGAAGGUGGAUGCUGCCUUUAACUGGAGCAAGAACAAGAAGACAUACAUCUUCGCUGGAGACAAAUUCUGGAGAUACAAUGAGGUGAAGAAGAAAAUGGAUCCUGGCUUCCCCAAGCUCAUCGCCGAUGCCUGGAACGCCAUCCCUGAUAACCUGGAUGCUGUGGUGGACCUGCAGGGCGGGGGUCACAGCUACUUCUUCAAGGGUGCCUAUUACCUGAAGUUGGAGAACCAAAGUCUGAAGAGCGUGAAGUUCGGAAGCAUCAAAUCCGAUUGGCUGGGCUGCUGAGCUGGCUCCGUCUCCCCCAGGGCCUGCCCCUCCAUCACCUGCUGCACACCGGGCCCUGAGCACCAGGGAAGGACCCGGGUGGGCGUGGCAGCCCUCAGUUCUGUAAUUAAUCAACAUUCUCACCCCCACCUGGUAAUUUAAGAAACCCUAGAGUGGCUCUGCCCUGUGCUCAAGUAAAGGUGCUGAUUGUACCCCUCCUGGGUGUCCCUCCCCCUCCAUAUCUCACCAGCCCUCCAGAGCCACCCACAGAUGCCUUGAGAUUCUCAAUGCAGCCAUGCCUUGGGCUGCCUUGGUGCUGCCACACUUCAGGCUCUCCUUCCACAACCUUCUGUGGCUUUACAGCACCCUUGGAGCCAACAGAGACUAUGUCAAGAGGGCACUGGUGGCCCAACAGUCUGGCCUGGCAUGGGGCAGUGGGAGUGGGGCACGGUCGGGUGACCACCCCAGACAUUUGGCCUUCUCCCUGCUGGCUGCCUUAGAACCGUCCCUAUAUUAGCAAUUUGCUUUGUAUGCACUUUGUUCUUUUCUCUAGAUCUUUUUUUUUUUUUUACUUUUCCACUUUGACAUUGCAUUUCCCGACAGAAGGACUCAGGUUGUCUGAAGUCACUGCACAAUGCAUCUCAGUCCACAUAUUGGUGGUCCCCUUGGUCACUCACUCUCUUUAGUUAUGUCCCUCCUCUGUCACUUCCUUCACUGGAUGGAGGAAAACCAAGUCAUGGCUCUCCCCGCCCAGCCCUCCCCUCCAGUUCCUUCAACAGUUUCCCCGUGGGAAAAAUCAGUGAGUACGAAUAAAGACACUAAUUGAGUGGAUGUGUUUGCUGGCUGUUCUAGCGGAGCCUAGAGAGGGGCCCUAGCCCCAGCCCCAGCCCCAGCUCAAAGAGAAAACGUAGAAAGUCUAAAUCUCUGCUCCCUGCAGGGCAUAGUUGACAUCUGCUGGAAAGGUCACAGCUGCCAAAGUAAUCAAGAGACUCUGGGUGGGUGAGCUGGAGUCCCUCGGUCCCAUGGAAAGAGCCACAGCAGAGUUUCUGUUAUUUGAUUGCACGGUCUUGUUCAAAGUUUCCUUUCUUCUUGAGUCUCAGUUUCUGCCUUAACAAUAACAUAAAUUCUAAUACUAAUAGUA